GGAUCAGGAGCUAGAGCAAAUCCACUUUUCUAGCCUUUAAGUUCCAGUGGGCUUCAGCAGUAUGGAAUUGUUAUAAAGCCGGUUUGGGUUUAAUGAAUAUGGGAUGCCAGAUUCGCAAGGGCUGCUUGGUUCUUUAGAGGUCUCAAGAAGGUUUGAGGUUGAUUUUUUUCCACUGGAAUAUUCUAAAGGGUCAUGAGUCAAAGUGAUGCUCCUCGGCCUCUAAACUGGACCAUUCGAAAGCUCUGCCACGCUGCCUUUCUCCCUUCUGUCAGACUACUCAAGGCACAGAAAUCAUGGAUAGAAAGAGCGUUUCACAAAAGGGAAUGUGUACACAUCAUACCCAGCACCAAAGACCCCCAUAGGUGUUGCUGUGGGCGUCUCAUAGGACAGCAUGUUGGGCUGACUCCAAGUAUUUCCAUCAUACAAAAUGAGAAGAAUGAAGGCAGGCAUCGCAAUGACAUCCAGUCUGAAAAGUGGUCAAUCGGAAAGCAUACACAGCUCAGUCCCACUGAUGCUUUUGGCACAAUUGAAUUCCAAGGAGGAGGGCAUUCCAAUAAAGCCAUGUAUGUACGGUUGUCAUUUGACACGAAACCUGAUCUUCUGCUGCACCUUAUGACUAAAGAAUGGCAGUUAGAGCUUCCCAAACUUCUCAUAUCAGUCCAUGGAGGCUUGCAAAAUUUUGAGCUCCAGCCAAAACUGAAGCAGGUUUUUGGGAAAGGCCUGAUCAAAGCUGCUAUGACGACUGGGGCAUGGAUAUUUACUGGAGGUGUUAACACAGGUGUUAUUCGACAUGUUGGAGAUUCUCUAAAAGACCAUGCUUCAAAAUCAAGAGGGAAGAUAUGCACUAUCGGUAUUGCACCAUGGGGAAUAGUAGAGAAUCAAGAAGACCUGGUUGGAAAAGAUGUUGUUCGUCCCUAUCAAACAAUGUCCAAUCCAAUGAGUAAGCUUACGGUACUCAACAGUAUGCACUCACACUUCAUUCUUGCUGACAAUGGGACAACUGGUAAAUACGGUGCAGAGGUUAAACUACGCCGGCAAUUGGAAAAACACAUUUCCCUUCAAAAAAUUAAUACAAGAAUUGGACAAGGAGUUCCUGUCGUGGCACUCAUUGUUGAAGGGGGACCUAAUGUGAUAUCAAUUGUGUUGGAAUACCUGCGAGACAACCCACCUGUUCCUGUUGUGGUCUGUGAUGGCAGUGGGAGAGCAUCUGAUAUUCUUGCCUUUGGUCAUAAAUACUCAGAAGAAGGAGGCCUUAUCAAUGAAUCCUUAAGGGACCAGUUACUAGUUACCAUUCAGAAGACUUUUACCUAUACAAGAACGCAAGCACAGCACCUUUUUAUAAUUCUUAUGGAAUGCAUGAAGAAAAAGGAACUGAUCACUGUGUUCAGAAUGGGAUCAGAAGGCCACCAAGAUAUAGAUUUAGCAAUUCUGACUGCUCUGCUCAAAGGUGCCAAUGCCUCUGCUCCAGAUCAGCUGAGCCUUGCCUUAGCUUGGAACCGGGUGGAUAUCGCUCGUAGCCAGAUUUUUAUUUACGGACAACAGUGGCCGGUGGGUUCCCUUGAACAAGCAAUGUUGGAUGCUUUGGUGCUGGACAGAGUGGAUUUUGUGAAAUUGUUAAUAGAAAAUGGAGUAAGCAUGCAUCGCUUCCUCACUAUCUCCAGGCUAGAGGAACUGUACAAUACGAGACACGGACCGUCAAACACUUUGUAUCAUUUGGUCAGGGAUGUUAAAAAGGGAAACCUCCCUCCAGAUUACAGAAUAAGCCUGAUUGAUAUCGGACUUGUUAUUGAAUACCUGAUGGGAGGAGCAUACCGUUGCAACUAUACCAGAAAAAGAUUUCGCACUCUUUACCACAACUUGUUUGGGCCAAAAAGGCCAAAAGCCCUGAAACUACUAGGAAUGGAGGAUGAUAUCCCAAUACGAAGUGGAAGGAAGACUACAAAGAAAAGAGAGGAGGAAAUUGAUAUUGAUUUGGACGACCCUGAAAUUAAUCACUUCCCUUUUCCCUUCCAUGAGCUAAUGGUAUGGGCAGUUCUAAUGAAGCGCCAAAAGAUGGCUUUGUUCUUCUGGCAGCAUGGAGAGGAAGCUAUGGCAAAGGCCCUAGUAGCCUGUAAACUUUGCAAAGCUAUGGCACACGAAGCUUCUGAAAAUGACAUGGUCGAUGACAUUUCACAGGAGCUAAACCACAACUCCAGGGAAUUUGGGCAGCUGGCAGUUGAGUUACUGGACCAGUCAUACAAGCAGGAUGAACAGCUGGCAAUGAAAUUGCUGACCUAUGAGCUUAAGAACUGGAGCAAUGCCACAUGCCUGCAGCUCGCAGUAGCAGCCAAGCAUCGAGACUUCAUUGCUCACACAUGCAGCCAAAUGCUUUUGACGGAUAUGUGGAUGGGCAGACUCCGGAUGCGAAAAAAUUCUAGCCUUAAGGUAAUUCUGGGCAUUCUACUUCCUCCCUCAAUUCUCAGCUUGGAGUUCAAAAAUAAAGAUGAGAUGCCAUAUAUGUCCCAAGCUAAUGAAAUGGAUUUACAAGAGAAGGAAGUGGAAGAACCAGACAAAACAGUAAAAGAAAAAGAAGAGGAUGACAUGGAACUUACGGGAGUGGUGAGGGUGUGGAGUCGCCCACCAGAGGAAACUUUUCAAGACAGAAUGGUGGACUUCAGGACAAAAUUAGAUGGUGCAAUGCUGGCAAGAGGCAAUGGAGAUUCAUCAAGGAAAAAGGAUGAAGAUGAGCACCCACGUCAUCGAUUAAUUCCUAUUGGUAGAAAGAUCUAUGAGUUUUACAAUGCACCAAUUGUUAAAUUCUGGUUCUUCACAAUGGCCUAUAUGGGCUACCUCAUGUUGUUCAACUACAUUGUUCUAGUUAAAAUGGACCGCUGGCCAUCAAUGCAGGAAUGGAUUGUCAUCUCAUAUAUUUUCACUCUGGGAAUAGAAAAAAUGCGUGAGAUCUUGAUGUCCGAGCCAGGAAAGCUGUUACAAAAGUUUAAAGUAUGGCUGCAAGAAUACUGGAAUUUAGCAGACCUCGUCUCCAUCCUGCUCUUUUCUAUUGGGAUGGUACUCCGCUUGCAAGAGCAACCCUUUAGCAGCUAUGGGAGAGUGAUAUAUUGUGUGAACAUUAUCUACUGGUAUAUUCGCUUGCUUGAUAUCUUUGGUGUAAACAAAUACCUUGGACCAUAUGUUAUGAUGAUCGGAAAAAUGAUGAUAGAUAUGAUGUAUUUUGUCAUCAUCAUGUUAGUGGUUCUGAUGAGUUUCGGCGUGGCAAGGCAAGCUAUCCUUUUCCCUAGCGAGGAGCCCUCAUGGAACCUAGCAAAGAAUAUUUUUUACAUGCCCUACUGGAUGAUCUAUGGAGAAGUUUUUGCAGAUCAAAUAGACCCUCCUUGUGGAUAUAAUGUAACUGGAGAGGAUGGAAAAAUAAUCCAGCUUCCCCCCUGCAAAACUGGAGCAUGGAUUGUCCCUGCUAUCAUGGCUUGCUAUUUAUUAGUUGCCAACAUUCUUCUAGUUAACCUCCUAAUAGCAGUAUUUAACAAUACAUUCUUUGAAGUCAAGUCUAUAUCAAACCAAGUUUGGAAAUUUCAGCGCUAUCAGCUGAUCAUGACCUUUCAUGAAAGGCCAGUCUUGCCUCCUCCUUUAAUCAUUUUCAGCCAUUUUACAAUGAUAUGUAAGCAUCUGUGCUGUCGCUGGAGAAAGCGUGAACUUGAUCAAGAUGAGAGAGACUAUGGACUUAAGUUAUUUAUAACAGAGGAUGAUCUGAAAAAAGUACAUGAUUUUGAAGAGCAAUGCAUUGAAGAGUAUUUCAGAGAAAAGGAUGACAGGUUUAAUUCCUCCAAUGACGAAAGAAUUCGAGUGACAGCAGAAAGAGUGGAAAACAUGUCAAUGCGACUGGAGGAAGUAAAUGAGCGGGAACAUUUUAUGAAGGCAUCACUUCAGACAGUAGAUAUCCGGCUUGCUCAAUUGGAAGAAAUGCUAGGAAGAAUGGCUACAGCAAUGGAACGACUCACUGGAGUUGAAAGAGGUGAAACAAACAAAGCACGGUCUAGAACCUCUUCAGACUGCACAGAUGCAGCAUAUAUUGUAAGACAGAGCAGUUUUAAUAGCCAAGAAGGAAAUACAUAUAAACUCCAUGACAUAAUAGAUCCUGUAGGAGAGGAGCCAUUGUCUCCUACCUCCCCCAAUCUUACACCCCGCAUGAGAAGUCAGUCUUUUUAUUCUUCAAAUUUGAGAGACAAAGGUGGUAUUGAACGUUUUGAAGGUUUUUUUAAAGAAAGAACCUUAAAUCUGCACAGAGCUAUAAGCUCUCACUCAAUCUCUAAAGAUGCAAAACCCCCUUCUUCCCCUUUAAACUCUUUGUCAGUUGUGCCAGAUUCCAGGAGGCCUUCAUCUUGCAUAGACAUAUAUGUUUCAGCUAUGGAUGAGGCACAGUUUUGUCUAGACCCUGGUGAAAGCUCAAUGAAUGUAGCUUGCACCGGAGACCCAAUGGGGGAUAUUGGUUCGAUAGGACAAGGCUGCAGCUCUUCAACACACUGUGGUAGAAGUUGCAGCAGAAACCCUAGCUAUGAGGAAAGCAUCCCUAUGGAUCCAUUUACAUUUCCUCAAGAAAUUACAGGUAUUCCAAUCAGCCAAAACCCUUGGGAUACAGAGUCUUCUCUGUGUCAUACAUUAGAGCGCUCCAAAAGUAGUCGUUUUCUGGCAACUGCACCUUUUAUCUUAGAAGAAACACCCAUUGUGAAGUCCCAAACUUUUAUGUUCUCUCCUUGUCGAAGCUACUACAACAAUCUUGGAGUACCAGUAAAGACUGCAGAGUACACAAGUAUCACAGACUGUAUAGAUACUAGAUGUGUCAGCAAUACACCACAGGCCACUGCAGAAAGGUCUACAUCUCCUGGAUGUGUGCGAGAAAAAGUGGAAGACGUAAGCAGCUGUCACCCAGAGAGAGAGGCUGAGCUUAGCCAUCCAAGCUCAGACAAUGAAGACAAUGAUGAAGAAGUGAGAAACAAGUGUACACUGACCUCUUUAUCAGCCCAUGAAAGUAGCUCCUCAAGAACACUUUAUAAUAAUAUACCAUUCCCAAAAAUAGAGCGGGCAAACAGUUACUCUGCAGAGGAACCCAGUAUGACAUACUCUCACACGAAGAAAAGCUACUCAAUAAGUGACAAACUAGAUAGGCAGCGUACCACGGCAAGCCUUAGAAAUCCAUUCCAAAGGAGUAAGUCUUCUAGGCCUGAAAGUCGAGGGGAUAAUCUGUCCAUGAGGAGACUCUCACGAACAGCAGCCUUCCGUAGCUUUGAAAGUAAGCAUAGCUACAGUUAAAAAGAACUUUUGAUAAAGUAGGAAAGAGGUUAAAGCAUUAUCUAAAUACCCCAUUUUCUUUCUAUACAACAAAUAAAUUCAAAAUGCAGAGUACUGGGCCAAAGCAACUGCUGACACUGGUCAUCUACUUUGCAGUAUCUGUGUGUUUCUGAAAAAGCAGAUACUGAAUCAGCGGUAUUAAUAUGCAUUUUACUAUUACAGACAUAUCAAGUAUAACAUAAGAGCUUUUCUUUGCCAUGUACCAAACGGAUACCACUCUUCAUUCCUUCAUUGGAUUCAUUUGCAAACAAGACAAGCCCUGCUUUUUAUCAUCUCAAUUCUAUGACAGUAAUCAACGUUUUAAUGUAUUCCACAAACAGUAGGUCUCAGGUCUUGAAUCCUGCUAUGCCAACAAAACUACUAUUCAUCAUGGUUGAUGGACAAACUAGACAAAGUGACUAUGCCAUGAACACUGUCUCUUCUGUAUUAUCUUCCAGUGCCACAAAAUAGUUAUUUUAUUCAGCAUAAAUAUAAUUGAAACCUGAAGGGAAGACAUGCCUUUUGUAUUGCAAUACAAGAAAGAAUAUCUAUAGAAACAUAUCCAAAUGAACUUUCUUGUUUUUAAUGGGAAAUCUAGCACAGUGAAGUAAGCUCAGGAUGAAUGUAAUUUAAUGGUUUAUUGUUAUAUAUUUAUUUUUCUACCACGUGUUGUCAAUGCAGUUGCCUCAGUAAACGCAUGCUUUGAGAGCAGUGUCAAUAACAUGCUGAUAUGCUUUGUGAGAGUGUUGUUUCAGUGUUCUCAGUACUAGAAUUCCUACUCUGUAAUCACUGCCAGAUCAUUCUUACUCGUCUGACAACACAUUGAGCCUAUUACAAAAACAUGAGUAAUUUGUGAUUACUUUCAUUUCAAAAUCUAAACAAAGAAGGGAUAUUAUUUAAGCACUGAUGUUGGCAUUGCCCUAUGUAAAUAUAUACAGCGAAUGCCCUAGCUAAUAUUGAGUUAAUAUACAAUAUAACGGGAGCAGAAAUGUUUUUUCAGGAGGCAUAAACAGUGUAAAAAAUUAUCCAGCAGAGAAGUAAAACAUAUUUACACAACUUUGGUAUAAAAACAUUAUAUUUAGACUAAGACAUGCAAAAAGAAUGACUGACAAUCUUAUAUUCAGUUUGUUUUCAUUUAAAAUAUAAUAGAAUUGUUUGUUAUUUAUCAGUAAAAGAGAAAAGCAGUUUUUUAGUAUACACCUGUACUAUAAUUAUUAUGGUAACAAGAAAAAGAAAUAUGCUAUUUACAACCAUAGCACCAAAGCCAACCAGACAGCCAAUAAAGUCAAAUGCAUUAUUCAGGA